AUGGCGAAGAAACGACUGAAAAGUCUCGAAUCAAAACUUGCAAAAGAUCCUGACUUGCGUAGCAAUGUUCAUCAGCAAAUCAACGACUACGUGGAAAACAACUACGCACAUAUAGCGACGGAAGCGGAACUGAAGCUAGCAGAUCCCCGUCGUGUUUGGUAUCUACCUAUGAGUGUGGUGACACACCCUAGAAAACCAAACAAAACGCGCCUUGUGUGGGAUGCAGCCGCACAAAUAAGUGGCGUGUCACUUAAUUCUCAGUUGCUAAAAGGACCUGAUCUACUAAACUCACUACCAGGUGUAAUCAAGGACAAGCAAGCACAGCGAUUCUUGUUUCGUUUCGACGAGAAACUGCAACCGGAUGUGUAUGUGAUGGAUGUUGCCACAUUCGGAGCUACCUGUUCGCCAUGCUCCGCACAGUAUAUACUAAAUAAAAAUGCGAAUGAAAAUGCAGCGGAGUUCCCGGAAGCAGCAGCAGCGAUCAAGGGAAAAACGUAUAUGGAUGACUAUUUUGACAGCGCUGAUACCACGGAACAAGCUUUACACGUAUUCACCGAUGCUAGCGAGCUAUGUUACGGUUGCGCCGCCUACUUUCGGAUUGUAAUGAACGGGGAAGUACAAUGCGCGUUGGUGAUGGCGAAAAGCAAAGUAGCUCCCUUGAAGUACCAAUCGAUACCAUGGAUGGAGCUGCAAGCUGCAAUGCUGGGAGCAAGAAUUAUGCGCACUGUUUGUGAAAUUCAUACUCUAUCGAUUGCGGAGAAGUUCAUACACACGGAUGCGGAAGUAGUACUGUCCUGGAUACGGUCGCAGCACCGAAACUACAAGCAGUUCGUUGCAUUCAGAGUCGGCGAAAUUCUUUCACUGCCCGAGCCCGAUGAUUGGCGGUAUGUGCCUUCAAAGGACAAUAAUGCAGGACCCCCGAUCGAAACGAUCAAAGCCACCAAGGCACAGCGAAAGCUUAUACUACGUUCCCUACCAGCAAGAACAGUCCCCCUGCGCCAGCAAGAGUAUCAACAAGCAGAACGGUAUCUGUUUCGAGUGGCACAAACUGAAAGCUAUCCCGAUGAAACUAAAACUCUACUAAGCAACCAAAACGUGUCGCAAUCGAACAAAUGGAUCAGUAUCGAAAAAUCGAGCCCUUUGUACAGGAUGUCGCCAUUCGCUGAUGAGUUCGGGGUGAUUAGAGUGGAAGGAAGGACAGCGAACGCUAGCUUUGCCACGUUUGAUGCCCGGUUCCCCAUAAUACUACCGAAGGAUCAUCUGAUCACUAAAUUACUACUAAACGCCUAUCAUUGCCGGUACGGACACGCAAAUCGUGAGACAGUCGUCAAUGAAGUACGUCAACGUUUCCAUAUAUUCAAUUUGCGAUUGUCAAUCGACAAAGUUAUGAGAAACUGUCAGCGUUGUAAGGUAACAAAAUGCCAGCCAGUGAACCCCCGGAUUGGACCACUACCGGAAGUACGUUUGAUGCCAUUCGUCAAACCAUUCAGUUACGUUGGCAUCGAUUAUCUCGGCCCAGUGGAGGUAACAGUUGGUCGUCGCAAGGAAAAACGAUACGUGGCCGUCUUCACGUGUUUAGUUGUUCGUGCUGUUCAUCUGGAGGUUACACACAAUUUAUCCUCCGAUUCCUGCAUAAUGGCUAUCAGCAGAUUUGUUCGCAGACGAGGAUCGCCGGUGGAAAUAUUUUCAGACAACGGCACCAAUUUUGUCGGCGCAAGCAACGAGCUGGCUGAACAAAUUCUGAACAUUCACAACGACUGCGCAGAGACUUUUACUGAUGCACGCACUAAGUGGUCAUUCAACCCCCCGUCGGCACCCCAUAUGGGUGGCAUAUGGGAGCGAAUGGUGAGAAGUGUGAAGUAA